AUGGCUUUACAGGUUCCGAUAAAAGAACUGAAACAAAAAGUGAAAAUGAAGAAGACAGUUUCAGAUGAUUUAAAACCGUUUUAUGAACAGGCUAAAAACUUACAAAACGACACAAAGUAUGUUAAACAAACUAAACAAAGUCCAUUGCACAUGACCCUACCAGGUUCAAAAUACAUCGGGCCUGGUAAUUCGCUAAAUGCGGGUGAGCCAGUGAAUAAUGCCGACACAAUUGCAUUUUUGCAUGACUGGGCGUAUGUAUUAGCCAAAAGUCCACAAGAUGUACAAGAAGCGGACGAAAUUGCUAUUAAUUAUUUUGAUAAAGAGUUUAAACAGUCUGGUAACUGGCAAGCUCUAGUCGGCGAGAUGGGUUUGUGUGUCAAGCACUUUGUGGAACUGAAGCUUGGUCGAGUGUUGUACCCUUCAAUGAGUCCAGGCUCUGAAACAUCCAGACCAGAAUCAGAAGUGGACAAAACAUCUACAACGGAAUCUCGUCCAGAUACACCUACCGACGCUCUCGAAAUGGGUGUAAGAACUCGACGCGAGACUGAUCACAAUUUAGAAGAACUUAACAGGGAGAGAGCACAAGAUGAAUCGCAACGUCGGACAUUUCUAGUGCGGUUUUUUGUCUGGAUUCUUGAUUUUUUGAGAGGUCGCGUGUGUAUUUGUGGGUGUCGCAGUGUUAAAAAUAAGAGGAAGUCUCAAAAGAGCUCGAAAUCUUUUGUGGCAAGUUCACCAACAACGGAUUUGCUACCAUCAAAGAGUCUGGGGGAGAAAACUUCAAGAAAUCCAGAGGAAAGGGAAACUGCAAGCUAUCAAGGGACAUUUCGAUACAUCAGCACAUAGAUCAUCAAUCUUAAACAAAUUGGUUCAAAUAGAACGAAUCAUUUCUGU